CUCUCACCUCCAUUUCCACAAGCAGAAGAAGGGCAUCUAUGGCGAUCCCGAUCCAUGAGGUGCCCCUGAGCUCUGGCCCCAAGGCCAUGCCCUGCAUCGCUAUGGGCACCGCGACCUUCCCUUGGCCGACGACCUUCGACGAGACUCGGGACGCCAUACUCCAAGCCAUCAAGAUCGGCUACCGCCACUUCGACGCCGCCUCAGUCUACUCUUCGGAGUGGCCGCUAGGCGAGGCCGUAGCGGAAGCGCUCCGAUUGGGGUUCAUCGCCUCCCGGGACGAGCUCUUCAUCACUUCCAAGCUCUGGGUCCGGGACGCCCACAGCCAUCUCGUGCUUCCUGCCUUGCAAAAGUCACUCAGGAGCCUUCAGUUGGAGUACCUUGAUCUCUAUCUCAUUCACUUCCCCAUUAGCGCUAAACCGGAAGGCCCUCCCUUACCAAUUUUAGAGGAUGAACUAAUGCCCCUAGAUAUAAGUUCGGUAUGGGCAGCCAUGGAGGAGUGCCAAACGAUGGGGCUUACCAAAUCCAUUGGAGUCAGCAACUUCUCCAUCAAAAAGAUUGAGAAACUGCUCUCUACUGCCACAAUUCCACCUGUGGCCAACCAGGUGGAGGUGAACCCUCUUUUCCAACAAAAGAAGCUGAGGGAGUUUUGCAAAGCUAAAGGCAUUCAACUCUGUGCUUACUCACCGUUGGGAGCUAGAGGAACAGCCUGGGGUCAAGAUUGGGUUAUGGAGUGUGAGAUUCUGCAACAAAUAGCCAAAGCUAAAGGAAAGACUCUUCCUCAGAUAUGUUUGAGAUGGGUUUACGAGCAAGGAGACUGUGUGAUAGUGAAAAGCUUCAAUGAGAAAAGAUUGAUGGAGAAUUUGGACAUCCUGGACUGGGAGUUGAAUGAAGAAGAGAGGGAGAGCAUCAGUAGGAUUCCUCAGCGCAGAGGAAAUCAAUCUACGUUCAUGGUCUCAGAGAAUGGACCCUAUAAGUCUAUCGAAGAGGUAUGGGAUGAUGAAAUAUGAUGAAGGAUUAGUUAAAUGAUUUGAAUUUGUUUUUGAUGUAUGUAAGUUUAUUGUAUGAUAUUAAAACCUCCACUGACAACUCCCCUUGGCUGAGUAAAGAUGAAGGAGGUCUAAAAUAAUAUGUGGUUCAUAAAUUUAUACGAAUCUUAUAGUAAUACUAUUGUUCCUCCAUUAUAGCAA